AUGCCACAAAAAUUUACUGUAACCAAUGUUAAUGGUGGUUUUUAUUUGCAGAGUUCCUUGAAAUAUUGCCAUGUUUCGUUCGGAGAUAUCAACGGAACUUUAGGUGUUAUAAAUGUUUUCAAUGAAGCUGUUAAAGAACGCAAUCAACAUCAUAUCCAAAGCAGUAUUGAUAACUUAUGCAGGAGCAUCAACCAGCUAGCAAAAUGUUUGGAAAAACCGACAACACAGUAUUGCGGACGUAAGGCAGCAGACAUGGUACUCCGAUAUAUCGCUCUUGGAUUUUCCGGUUCAAUUCGUAACCAUUAUAAACCGAAAAUAGGAUACCUUCUUUUGCAGCUUCGAAAUACUAUACGAGCAAAUGAAAAUAACAGACCAAUUACCACAAUCCUGUCUGCAGCUAUCGUCGCUCGCAUUGUAUCAUCAGGGUAA